GAAAAAAAAUAUUACGGAAGGCUGCUUUACCUAUCGUUCCUCAAAGGCCCUCUCUCUUUAAACGAAGCAAUCCUGCAGUGCCUUCAUAAUUAGUAUUGUGCAAUCUAGAGGGAGAAUUGUACCCGCCUCGGUCCAUUUUCAAUUCCGUUUAUAUCAUUGUUGUCGCGGUGCAUCGCUCCGUCGAAUUGAACCCCCCCUUUCAACCCUCGAUCAAGACGUCACAUCCGCCAAAAUGGUUCAGACAAGUACGGUAGUAACAAUAUCAGCGGCAACAGCCGCAACGGGUCUACUAGCAUACGCCAUCUACUUCGACUACCAACGGCGCGCAGACCCCAACUUCCGAAGAAACUUGCGACGGGAGGAGCGACGACAAGCGCGCGCGGAGAAGGAAGAGGCCGUUGCGCAAACCAAGCAGAAGCGAAAGGACAUCCAAGGCAGCAUCGACCAGGCUGCUGAGGAGGGUUUCCCUACAGGUGUCAACGAGAAGGAGCAAUUCUUCAUGGACCACGUUCAGAAGGGCGAGCUAUUAGCUGCGGAUCCGACAAAAACGAUAGAUGCCGCCCUAGCAUUCUACAAGGCUCUUAAGGUAUACCCAACACCCGGGGACCUCAUUAGCAUCUACGAUAAGACCGUCGAUAAGCGAGUACUAGACGUCCUUGCCGAGAUGAUCGCCUACGAUAAGAGCCUAGACAUCCGCGGCAGCACCAACGGUAUCAACCUUUCAGAUCUGCCCAGCGCUGGUCUAGACUAGAAUUAGGAACGAAUAUUAUUGGAAUGGAAGGACAACAUAGGACGGAAGUCUAAUACAUUGUUCCCAUUUCCAACACACGCUCCUCCCUCCACUCUCCCCCACAGAAACAAAUAAGUGAAACGGUCUUCUGUGCCGUAACCCCAAAUGACCCAUAUUCAAUCAACCCCGAGAAACAGCCUCUGAGCACUGGCGAUGAUGGUCCACGAUUUAGGGGGGACCUACUAUAAAUGAGUAGGUGCUACACAUAUAAAAACAGAUGGACGGGCACCAUGUAUGAUAUCAUAAUGCGCGGCUAGGAUAAUCUGGCCGUAUACACUUUGAACGGCUGUUCUCAUAGUUACGAGGAUGGCUACGAUGUAUAUUUUUACGAUCAAUCAUGCUCGGUGGCUGGUAUAGACAAAUGAUGGACCAUGAUUCUCUUUUUUCAA